AUGGAACGGGUUUGGCGUAAAGUAAACCAGGGCCUCACGUUACGAUCCUCAUCAUCGAAAGGUGCCACCGGUGCGGGUGGACCGACGGUGCCAAAUGUUUCAACGGCCACUGGACCGGCAGGACCGUCGGGCGGUACGGGUACGGCCGGUCCUUCCGGUGUUCCCCACUCGACGGAUACGACAAGUUCGGCCGGUUUCGGCGAAUCGCAGGUGGUGGCCGUACAGCGGCGCCGUUCGGUGGUACCGCAGGCAAGUACGGCAUCGUCGGAAAAGCGAAGGCGCCGGCGACGACGCAGUCGACCGAGCAGGGAAGGCGCAUCGCAAAGUGGCCAUGGGUCGGGCGGCCACCACAAGGGCCAUUCCUCGAACGGACGCCGGGGCAACAACCAAACGGUCACUAUCGCGCAACAGUCCAACGAACAAUCGCUUCGACAACGAGCCGUGGCCCGGUUGAAGAUGUUCAACUUCAACCUCAACUGGGACCUUCACAUGACGCAGUGCAAACCGUGCGGGCCCAAGAGCAGUGGCAACAUUAUCACUCGCAGGCUGUGCCGUAAUCGGCGCGGCGAGGACAACGAACUCUACCGCUCGAACAGCUUCAAGUUCGAGCGGUUCGAACGAAAGGAUCCGAUGGAUACGGGAGCCAGGACAAUGCUGCGAAAACAGAUAUCCGUCUGUGAUGACUACAGCUUACCGAUUGACUUUGUAAAGAAACGACCGUCCAGUUUUGAUCCCUGCCUCGUACAGCAUAUACCAACCAAUUGGGCCUCUCCAAGUCCACAAUCAGACCACGUUUCAUUUCUAGAACCAUUAAUACUGCAACAACCCUUGUCAGCGGUUCCGACCAUUGUCAACAAUAAUCUACCGGCAAGCGCAACAAUAACAUCCGGCAUUCCGACAGUCGGUACCAUCGGUCGUCCAUCGCUUCCUUUAGUGCCAUCCGCUUCCGGUCCAUCGCUGUGCCAGCCGCAGCUGGUACCGGACGCAGCGGCCACCGCGGCGGCAAACACUGUCGCCAUCAAGACGCUCGAAGAGAUCUUCGACACACAUCGGAGCUACAAGGCUACCGGGCGCCAUCGUGCAAGAAGCCGUACCCGACGUCCGGACAGUUGUUCGGAGGUGAAGUAUAUAAAUCAAAAUUUUAGCUCCGGUUCAUCCGCACCGGUAUCUUCAGAGGAGGAAGACAACGACGAAGAAGAGGACGAGCUAAGUAAGAUACCGGAGCUCAACUCACCGGAUAGCAUCUCGGACGAUUUGGUGCAGGCACUUCCAGUUCGCCAGAGUCCAGUUAAGACAACUGGGCCGGAUACGGCCAAAAGGAAUCCUUCACCCUACUACUACUCAGAUUUACUGAAGAAUAAGCAACGAGAAAGGGAAGGAACUGAUCGUGAAGUCACUCAGGAAGGUGAAGGUCGGGAAGAAGCUGCUCCGAAGCCCACAACAUCGCAAACAACCGGUGACGGGGGAAGUGUACGUCAAGGGCGUGAGGUUGGUGUGCGGUACAAGAAAAGUAGCAGCCUCGACACUCCCGGAGCGGAGAAGGAAGUUUGCCUACCGAAGCGUUACUCCAUCACAGAGGAGGGUGUGCGUAUCAUCCGGUGCGACUCACCGUCCACCACUACCUCGGACGAUUCGGACUGUUCCGAAUGUUGCAAGCGUCGGGCCUGGCAUGCGCAAGCAUUAGCCAUUACACGGGCAAGCUGUAACCUCGGUCCACUGGUCGAUGCUAGUUCGAUGCCACCGCACCGUUUGCUCGGACCAGCGGCAGUCUGUGCCUGUGCGACGCCCGCCUUCGGCGAUGACAACGAUGAGCUCUUCCGUCCGCGCAGUAUCUUCUACGUGCACCAACCGGGCGCCGAAGAUUGCGCUGACUGUGCACUGAGCGACCCUGCCGCCCUAGUCCCGAGUGCCGCCGUACCGGACGAGAUGGCGAAUGUGCGGACGCGCCAGAUCUACGAGACGGCGUUCGAUUCGAAGAUCACCCGUUCGGACGAUGAUCUGGACGAGGUGGAUCGUAUCACGAACCAGAGCGUGCUGUUGCAGCUGACCAAGAGCAACAGUAGCAGCGCGAGCAAUAUGGUUUCCGGCCAGAAUCGCAGCAAGCGGUUAGAGUCGAAGCGAAGCAAAGCGGCCUCCAGUAAAACGCCUUCCAGCAGCCACCAGCCGGCAGCGAUCGGUGGGCCGGAGGCUGAAGGUACGGAUGAGGUUGCCAAGGCGGACCAGCUGUUGGCGCAGGAUCUUCAGGAGAAGCUACAGAUCGACAAACAAAUGGACAAUAUCGCGAACGCAAACUCAACGUCUUCCUCACAGCUUCCCCUGCGGGGAUACACGCCAUCCCCUCCGUCGACAGCGCCUCUGCCCAUGAAGUUCCCCGGCAAGCACGAACGGUUCUUCAUCAACAGCAUCAAGAGUGCGCCGAAUCUGCCCUCCUCGAACGCGGUUGCCCAGCAUCCACGGCUCAAGGAUCUCCGGCUGGACAUACAGAACGUGCGCAACAACGAUGUUCCUUCGGGCAGCUGCGACGGUAGCAUCGAUAACGAUGGUGCCCCGUUCAGCCGUAGCGGUAAGGUAGGCGAACGGCCCCGAUCGACGCUGUGCCUGGAACCGGAACGGGUGCUCGAACUGAAGCGAGGUCACCGGACAUCGCACCAUCAUCACGGUAAGCAGUCGGCACACCAUCAGCAACGUGGGCGGAACUUUUCGUCCACGGAGAGUAUGGCCACGUCGAGCAGUGGUGGCAGUAUGGAGUCGUUAAAGUCCAGCACCAGCGAGGGUAACCGAAGCACGUCCAGUUCGGAUUCGCGACACUCGUCAUCGCUAAGUUCACACAGCUCCGAUUCGGGACCGUCGUUGGCGUUCCCGCUGCGGGUGCCGGUGGCGGUGCACAACAAGCUGAACAUUCUCAGUCCAAUAUCGGACAAGUCGUCCCAGGAGCCGGGCUCGGAGACGUCGGACAUUAACAAUCGGAACAACAACUCGCAGAAACAGUCACCGGUGGACGGAACGGGAGUGAAUGUGGUGAGCACUACUACUGCUGGAGGUACGUUGACCACCAAGAAGGAGGGUGAUGAGAGCGCUGGUACGGAGGCUGUGAAAACGAGCGUCACAAAGAGACGUUCUGCACCGAAUAAGGCGUUGUUGUUAAUAACGGGUCCCGAAAUACAAGGCUCCGACAGUGGAAUUUCACUCCACUCAAGAGAAGAUCUAAAAUCUAGAACGAACUUUUUAAACAUGGGCAUUCAGCGUGCAUCACUCAGCGGGCAGGAAAAGCAAAGUGACCAUAGCAAGGGACAGGCAGGACUUCCACAGGACCUAAACGAUCUUCCGUUCGAUAUGCCAAAGCUGCGAAGAAGAAGGGCACACUUGCAGCAGGAACCGUGCACAUCUGGCAGUGUCACGUCGGUGGACGUGGGUGAGUUACCCUUCGAUAUGCCGAAGCUGAGGCGUCGUUUGCGAAUGUCGCAAAAUCAGCAACAUCAGCAGCAGCAACAGCAGCAGCUGCUGCAGCAGCAUCAGUUGCAGCACCCAUACCCAGGCACGGUGGCGUCUACAUCGGGCGGUAUGCUACUGCAGACGAGCACCGAAUCGAGCGGCCUGUCACAGGCGUCGUCCAGCCUGUCGAUGCGAGACUCCGAUAGCAAGCUGGCACUGGCCGGAGGUUUCUUCAAGCAAAGCUUAACGCUUAACCUAAACGAGUGUGGCAGUCGGCCACCGAAGAAGUUUGGCACCCUCGAUCUGGGGCUCAAUCUCGGCUCGAAUCGGCCAAAUGUGGACCUCAUCGAUGCAUCCAUUCCACUCGAUCGGCAAGGCUGGUACCAUGGUUCCAUCAGCCGAAUCGAUGCCGAAAAGAUCCUUCGACCACUGUCGGAGGGAAGCUUCCUGGUGCGCAACAGUGAAUCAACCCGUCAGGAUUACUCUCUCACACUGAAGAGCGCCAAGGGCUUCAUGCACAUGCGGAUACAGCGCGACACCGAUACGGGCCAGUUCAUACUCGGCCAGUUUAGCCGCCCGUUUCCAACGAUACCGGACAUGAUACGGCACUUCUGUUUGAACCGCUUGCCGGUCCGUGGUGCCGAGCACAUGUGUCUUCUCGAACCGGUCAUCGCGCAAAUCCUCUGAGCUGCGUUCCUAUAAGGAACAGGUGUGCUCGGUUUGGAACAGAACGUGACAGAAACUUAAAGUUUGUGCGAGAACCCACACAUACACACACACACACAAUGAGUAAAACAGAGUCUUGUUAGAAAUUAAGCAAACCACAAGUCAAUGAAAUCAUAAAGCAAAACAAAAGCAACCAUUUGUUAGGGCGAUUGCAUAGAUGUAGGCGCGCAUAAUCGAUUGCGUGAUUGCAUAGAUGCAGGCGCACCAAUGGGAGUUGCCCGCCCGAGCGUAUGCAACUAGUAGUGCAGUUCGGUUUUAAAUUGGGGCUCGCCAUCGGACACCGUUUUAAACACACAACAUUUGCCCAUCAACACAAAGUAGAGCAGCCUUAAUCGCUGAAAAUGCAAGAAAAAUAGCAGCGUGAAACCUCAAACCAAAUUUCUGCCCCACUCCCACAUUUUUAUAAUACUUCCAUUGAUAAGGUGUAUCACACAGUUGAUUGGCCAUAAUUUAGAAGAUUCAUGCAGAAGUUAACACACAGGCAACAGGAAACGGUAGCACACUUUUAUGGGCACUAGCCGCAGAACAAAACGCUCUCACUAGCACUUCAUCUCGCGGUGGCGCAUUAGGCGAUGCGCAUGGGUUUGUUUGUUUGAUUUCUUUCUUCUUCUUUUGUUUUCCUCCUCCAUUGGUGACAAUAAUUGUUUUGUGCGCGCAAAACAUACGGAACGGAAAGGGAAAUGGUAGCAGCACUAGUUUGCUUUUUUGCCGGGCAUUACAUAGCGGUAGGGAAGUUCAAGGCGUGGUUGGAUACCACCACAUGUGUGGUAUAAACGAUGUAGAGACAGCAGCAGUGUAGAAAUGUCGUUUCAAAUGUUGUGAUACAAUGAGCGCGGUACUCGUUUUGUUGACAAAAAACAAAAAAAAAACACAAAAAAUGGAUAAAAAAAACUCACUGGUUUCCUUCACUUUCACCGUUAAUAGGUAUAGAGGGUCCUCUUUUCGUCUUUCCCCCCUACUCAUAUCGGUUCCACCAAAAUGUGUAAGCGGUAAACAAAGGAAAUGAGCUGAUUGGGAAGAGAGAAGUAAGAGCAAAGGGUAAAGAUUUAAUCUAAACUAACCAUUAAUGAAUGCUGUAAAUGUACACAUUGUAAGCCGAAAGCGUAUGGGAAGGUAUAGGUCAGGUCCUUUUUAAUAGCACAUUCGCAUGUAUAAGGUGGUUACGUUGGUGGAGAAAGGAAAACAGAAUGCCAAAAUGAAACGGUGAAACUCGUAUGCGAGCACUGUCCAGGUGGGUUUAGUAUGGGUAGUGAACACAUUUCUUCCAUCAUCAUGCUGUUGUGUACUAAUAAUCGCGCAAUACAAGCAAACAUUCUCUGUACGAUUUACUUCAUUUUUAUUUACUUUGUGGUGCAAUAUAAUUUUUUGACGUUGGUUAGUCUGUAUCGUGUUAGGUCUGCAGUAAAUCGAGUGCAAUACCGAACCUAAAAGCAAACCCCCUCCCCAGCACGCGGCACAAAAUGGCCGUAAACAACACGUGCGCUUUGGUGGAUGACGACUGUAGCUGGUAGCGAUAGAACGGUACGUUUUGUGUAUUAAUCCGGCGGUAGAGCCAUCCCUACUUGUAGCGUGGAAGUUCGUUAGUUCGACCCUAGCAAUCGAAUACUCUCAAUGGAAGGAGGAAGCCCAUAGAGUCGGGCCAAUCAUUCUUUUAGAUAUGAUUCCUGCUGAUUGAAGCACAAAAGCAACGCGAAACUGUUGUAGGGUUCCGUAUACACUUCUGUUGGGUAAAUUGUCGGUAAUGAAGAGUUUUUUUUUCUUCCAUAAGAAACCAAAAAAAGGGAGAGAUAGAUAGAGAGAGAGAGAGAAAAAAGAGAGAGAGAUAGAGAGAGAGAAUAAAUCAACCCUCAGUACUCUUCUAGAUGCCGUAAAAGAAUGUAUUCCUACCGUAACAUAGACAUUAUCGUAAGGUAAAGCAGUAAUAUAAUUUACCUACCUUUAAUAAGCAUUAGGUUCGUUAGUGCUGCAGCCGAAACAAUGCCGCCAUGUUCCCAUUACACGGACGUCUCUCAUCAACAUACACACAGACCGAAACAAAUACACACAAAUACAUACACACAACACACUCUCUCUCAUUUCACAUAUUAACAAUCACGUAGUGAUGAAAAAAAGGCUAUUAUAGACAUUGAUAAAAUAUAUUAUGAAAAUAUUUAAAC